AUGGUUGGUGCGAUGGUGUGCUGCUGUGCCGUGCAGCUGCUGACGCCCUUGCAAAGUCCCUGGGCGAAGGACGCGCCUGAGCAGAUUACCCAGGCGCUGCGCUGGCUCAGUGAUGGGCCGCUUCAACUGAGUCCUCAGCAGUUGAAAGUGGCGCUGGCAAAGAAACCGCAGGUAUACUUGCUUGAUCCAAGGGCCUCUUACGAGAAAGCUUUGGAGGUGGCUCCAGAGCAAUGGCGCUCCGCGGAGGCCUUCAGAGCUUUGUUGCUGAAGAAGCCGCAGGUAUUGGAUUUGACACACAAUUGCUUGCUGACUGAUCCCGCCGAACGAGUCAUCAAUGAAGAUGGCGAGGCGGUUCACUGCGAUGGUAGGUACCAAUUGCUGGCGUGUUGCAACGCCCAGGCUGAUGGGACAGGCGACGCACAUCAUCGGGAGGGAGAGGUGCAAUCCAUGGGCGUGGACUUUGUCGAUCUCGAUGCUUGGGACCCAGCGGUGGCGAAUGCUGGAGAUUGCGAGACUGGAGCCUUGGCACCCUCGGCAGCCUCGGCCUCGCGGCGUGUCUUGCUGGAAAGCUCCAGUGAGUUCCGCCGCUUCCGGGAGCAUCUGGCCACGACGGGUGCCGUGCCCAGCAGAGUCCGCGGCAGCGACAGGAGAGUGUGCAAGGCUUUGCAGCUUCUGCGCGUGGAGCGCUUGUGGCUACCAGCACUGGAGCGGCGAUACUUCGCUGAAGUGAUGGGAGCACUGCGAGCAACAGAUGUGCCACCCGCCUGUGUCGCGCUGCAACAGGUAGAGUCUGUCAGCUCAACCCUGCUGUUGUAUCACGGAUGUCGCUUUCGACAAAUCGACGGCAUUCUGCGAGAUGGAUUUGAUCCAACCUUUGCGGGUGAGAAGGGAGGGAAGCUCUUUGGGCCUGGAAUUUACUUCAGUGACGUGGCCGCCAAGGCAGACAACUAUGUGGACGUUGAUGCUGAUGGCCACCGUUGCUUGAUGUUGGCCCAGGUAUCCUUGGGCAAAGUCUUCAGGGCCUUUUGCCCGAUGCCAAGGUUUCAGCCAGAUGAAGCUGACGUUGACUCUGUGCUUGGUGAGGAAGAGAAGCAUGGCGGUGCUUUGGAUCACCGCGAGUACGUCAUUUAUCGUAAUGCUCGAGUGCUGCCGCGCUACCUUCUUUGGUAUCGUCACAUGGAGCUUUGUGAAUGCAAUCGCUGCAUUCCCAAGCUCGUCCUGCCCCAGCUCCGAUGUCUGGAUGAGGGUGAGAUCUCUUCUGCUCGAGCCCUGGCAAAGUCAGGGACAGAAUCGCGAACAAAGAACUUCGCGAACCUUUCCGGCAUGAAGGAUCGAGACUGCAGUGUACGCAACACUGAACAGAACAUUGCCAUUGCGAGAUUGCAUCACGUACGCUUUGCCGACAAAACUGUUUGA